GGCGAGCUGGCCGGGCCAGAGGAGGUGCUGCAGGCGACCGGCACCGCCUGGCUGGAGGCUGACAACCCAGGCCUGGGAGGAGUGACCGCAGAGGCGGGUAGUGGCGAUGCCCAGGCCCUUCCAGCUACGCUCCAGGCUCCCCACGAGGUCCUCGGGCAGUCAGUCAUGCCCCCUGCCAGUCCUGAGGCUACAGAAGCCAGCGGGCCACCCUCCCCCACCCCUGGCGACAACCUGAGCCCAGCUUCUGAACUCCCCAAGGAGAGCCCCUUGGAGGUUUGGCUGAACCUGGGGGGCAGCACACCCGACCCUCAAGGGCCAGAGCCGACUUACCCCUCUCAGGGCACCCUGGAGCCCCAACCGGCAUCAGAUAUCAUUGACAUCGACUACUUCCAAGGAUUGGAUGGUGAGGGUCGUGGCGCAGACCUGGGGAGCUUCCCAGGGUCACCAGGAACCUCAGAGAACCACCCUGAUACUGAGGGAGAGACCCCUUCCUGGAGCCUGCUUGACUUAUACGAUGAUUUCACCCCCUUUGAUGAAUCUGAUUUCUACCCCACCACAUCCUUUUACGAUGACUUGGAUGAAGAGGAGGAGGAGGAGGAGGAUGACAAAGAUGCAGUAGGAGGUGGAGACCUAGAAGAUGAAAAUGAGCUUCUAGUGCCCACUGGGAAGCCCGGUAUGGGGCCCGGGACAGGCCAGCCCAACAGUCGAUGGCAUGCUGUCCCUCCACAGCACACUCUGGGGUCGGUCCCCGGCAGCAGCAUCGCCCUCAGGCCCCGCCCAGGAGAGCCAGGCAGGGACCUGGCCUCCAGUGAAAAUGGCACUGAGUGCCGCAGUGGCUUUGUGCGGCAUAAUGGCUCCUGCCGGUCAGUGUGUGACCUCUUCCCAAGUUACUGUCACAAUGGCGGCCAGUGCUACCUGGUGGAGAACAUAGGGGCCUUCUGCAGGUGCAACACGCAGGACUACAUCUGGCACAAGGGGAUGCGCUGCGAGUCCAUCAUCACCGACUUCCAGGUGAUGUGCGUGGCCGUGGGCUCAGCUGCCCUCGUCCUGCUCCUGCUCUUCAUGAUGACGGUAUUCUUCGCUAAGAAGCUCUACCUUCUCAAGACGGAGAACACCAAGCUGCGUAGGACCAACAAAUUCCGGACCCCAGCUGAACUCCACAAUGAUAACUUCUCCCUCUCCACAAUUGCCGAGGGCUCUCACCCAAAUGUAAGGAAACUUUGCAACACUCCCCGUACCUCCUCCCCCCAUGCCCGUGCCUUGGCUCACUAUGAUAACGUUAUCUGUCAGGAUGAUCCUAGUGCUCCCCACAAAAUCCAGGAGGCUCUCAAAUCCUGCCUGAAAGAGGAGGAGUCAUUUAACAUCCAGAACUCCAUGUCGCCCAAACUUGAGGGUGGCAAAGGUGACCAGGCUGACUUGGAUGUGAACUGUCUUCAGAAUAAUUUAACCUAAAACAGAGCAAGAAGAGAGGAAGCGGGGCUGGUGGGGGCGGGGUAGGGGAAAGAAACAUUAUCUCCUCUUGUACAGAGUCUAUUUCUUGUAACCAUUUGUUAAACUCUUUUCUUUUUCUGAUCUCAUGGCAUGCUUUGAUGUAUUUUGUACAGGAGGCAAAAAAAAAAAAAAUACUUAAAAUAAGCAAAGAAACUGAACAAAAUUGCAUACAUUGGGUUGUUUUGUCUGUGCUGUCUGUACAUUGCUUCUGCUGCUGUGAUUUCUAAACCUGUGCUGUUAUUCAACUGACUUUUUUUUGUACUUUGACCCACCUUUUUUUGAAAUACCAGUAAAAAAACAAAGUUCUUGAAAUAAAACUUUUUAAAAAGUUA